GACCCGCCGGCGACACAUCACUAGACAACUAUCAAGUCUUUACUAUUAGACAGGGGCAGGCCGUCCAUCUUCUCAGGGUUUUAGUUCUCACCCAUAACAGAAGAGAAUUACCGUGUCUUUGAAAUGGAACCUGCUGCCACUACUGCUCAAGUGCCAAAGAAGAGAGGCCGAAAACCGAAGCCCAAAGAAGAUCAACAGCAGCAGCAGCAGCAAAGUGCUGGUGCCCGAAUGAAAGAGGGAAGGAAGGCACAGCAACCCUCUAUUGAUGACAAGUACACUCAGUGGAAGUCUUUGGUUCCUGUUCUUUAUGACUGGCUAGCCAACCACAACCUCGUCUGGCCAUCUCUCUCUUGCCGGUGGGGCCCACAGCUUGAGCAAGCUACUUACAAGAAUCGCCAGCGCCUCUAUCUCUCCGAGCAGACUGAUGGUAGUGUUCCAAAUACUUUGGUCAUUGCAAAUUGUGAUGUUGUCAAGUCUAGAGUUGCUGCUGCGGAACACAUAUCUCAGUUUAAUGAAGAAGCACGCUCUCCAUUUGUUAAGAAGUACAAGACCAUCAUACAUCCUGGAGAGGUAAACAGAAUCAGAGAACUCCCCCAGAAUAGUAAGAUAGUGGCUACUCACACUGACAGCCCUGAUGUUCUUAUAUGGGAUGUUGAAGCACAGCCUAACCGACAUGCUGUUCUUGGAGCUACAAAUUCUCGUCCAGAUUUGAUUUUGACUGGACAUCAAGACAAUGCUGAGUUUGCCCUUGCAAUGUGCCCAACUGACCCCUAUGUGCUUUCUGGAGGGAAGGACAAGUUGGUAGUUUUGUGGAGUAUCCAGGACCAUAUAACAUCAUCUGCCUCUGAUCCAGCAACUAAGUCUCCAGGAUCCGGUGGAUCAAUCAUUAAAAAGACUGGGGAUGGCAGUGAUAAAGCCACUGAUGGCCCUUCUGUUGGACCACGAGGUAUCUACCAUGGGCAUGAGGAUACAGUUGAAGACGUGGCAUUCUGUCCAUCCAGUGCGCAGGAGUUUUGUAGUGUAGGAGAUGAUUCUUGCCUUAUAUUAUGGGAUGCUAGAGCUGGUACUAGCCCAGCUAUAAAGGUUGAAAGGGCACAUAAUGCUGAUCUUCACUGUGUUGAUUGGAAUCCUCAAGAUGAUAAUCUCAUUUUAACUGGGUCUGCAGAUACUUCUGUUUGCAUGUUUGAUCGAAGGAAUCUCACUUCUAAUGGAGUUGGUUUGCCUGUCUAUAAAUUUGAGGGUCACAAAGCUGCUGUUCUCUGUGUACAGUGGUCUCCAGAUAAGGCAUCUGUUUUUGGGAGUUCUGCGGAGGAUGGUCUCUUAAAUAUUUGGGAUUAUGAGAAGGUUGGCAAAAAGACAGAGCAUCCGACUAGAGCUCCAAGUUCUCCUGCAGGAUUGUUUUUCCAGCAUGCUGGGCACAGGGAUAAAGUUGUUGAUUUCCAUUGGAAUGCAUCUGAUCCUUGGACGGUGGUUAGUGUCUCUGAUGACUGUGAUACCACUGGCGGGGGAGGGACACUGCAGAUAUGGCGCAUGAGUGAUUUGAUCUACAGGCCAGAAGAUGAGGUUUUGGCAGAGCUUGAGAAGUUCAAGUCACAUGUGGUUUCCUGUGCUUCGAAGCCUUGACAUGGACUUGGAACAAGACCUGUAUGAUUAUGGGAAUUAACACUACUAGUUUAUCCUAUGGAUUUUUAGCUGUAUUCUGUUUUCUUGCCUAGGAACGAUAGCAAUUAGAGGGGACGGAUGCCUGUGUAGGUGGAUUUUUGUAGAGAUGUAUUUGUGCUCCUCUUCUGCCCUUUCCAGAUUAAAUUCGGAUGUUUUCUGGAUUUAGACUCUUUUAAAUUUGCGUUGGUCAAGAAUUUGGCGUGGAUAAUGUGACAGGAAAAAGGGAUCCGAGCGGCCUGCAACUUUGCAGGGGUUUAUAUU